ACCCCCUUAUAGAUUUAAAAAGAGAGGCAGCUUCCCCAGACUGACAUUCAUCCAACAGUGCCAUCGUGAGCAGACAGAUCAGCCACAGCCCACUGACACUCCACUUUGCUCCACCACCAUGCUGCGGAUGGUAAAGAAAUACCAGCUUCACCCGGGUAUCAUCGCGUUAUUGGUAUGGCUCAGUCACCUCAUAGAAGACCACAGGGUGCAGGCCGGUAACUGCUGGCUCCAGCAGGGGAAGAACGGACGCUGCCAGGUGCUCUACAUGUCCGGAAUGAGCCGAGAGGAUUGCUGCCGGAGUGGCAGACUGGGCACAUCGUGGACCGAGGAGGACGUGCCCAACAGCACAUUAUUCCGCUGGAUGAUCUUCAACGGAGGGGCCCCAAACUGCAUACCUUGCAAAGAAACGUGCGACAGCGUGGACUGCGGCCCGGGGAAGAGGUGUAAGAUGAACAAGAGGAACAAGCCACGCUGCGUGUGUGCUCCGGACUGCUCCAACAUCACCUGGAAAGGGCCCGUUUGCGCCACGGACGGCAAAACCUACAGGGAUGAAUGCGCCUUUCUCAAAGCCAGAUGCAAGAGCCACCCCGACCUCGAGAUCCAGUACCAGGGCAAAUGCAAAAAGACCUGCCAUGACGUCCUGUGCCCGGGCAGCUCCUCGUGCGUCGUGGACCAGUCCAACAAUGCGUACUGCGUGACGUGUAACCGGAUUUGCCCCGAAGUGACGUCACCGGAUCAGUACCUGUGUGGAAACGACGGUAUCGUCUAUUCAAGCGCGUGCCACUUGCGGAUGGCAACCUGCCUUAAGGGCAAGUCCAUUGGAGUGGCAUACGAAGGGAAAUGCAUAAAGGCCAAAUCAUGCGAUGACAUCAAGUGCAGCGCAGGGAAGAAGUGUCUGUGGGAUACAAGGAUGGGAAGGGGGCGAUGCUCCGUGUGUGAGGAGGUGUGUCCAGACAGUCGGCCCGACGAGGUCGUCUGUGCCAGCGAUAACGCCACGUACCCCAGCGAAUGUGCCAUGAAGCAGGCGGCCUGCUCUAUGGGGGUUCUCCUGGAAAUUAAGCAUUCGGGAUCUUGCAACUCCAUUACUGAAGACGAGGAGGAUGAGGAAGAUGAUGAAGACCAGGACUACACGACUUAUUUCCGUUUAUCGCCAAUACUGGAUGGAUAAACGUCUAUCAGUAGCGAACCAGCCCUAUGUCAAGACUCAUGUCGAUACUGUACAUACGUGUAUGCUUAUUUAUUUUUAAGAAAGAAGAAGUAUACGUAUAGUUCAGUCUGCUAGAUGUUUAUUUAUACUUUGUGUUUUAUAAUUUAUACAUUUACAAUGUCUCGCUGAUUAUAUAUACAUUGUAAUUUUGUAAUUUCCAAAGAAAAAACAGUGUUAUUUAUUAUGGGGUACAACGCGACUAUGUAAAGUAUGAAUCUUCUGCAAGCUGUAAAUUGCAUUCCGUGAGCUGUAUAAUUCUGCUUAUUGCUGUCAUUGUCUUCAGAUGAUAAUUUCACACACACAAACGCAUGUUAGCCUGCGUGUCUAUUUAUCGGGACUCCAUCGUUCGGUGUACAAAAAUGCCUUUUGUUUACAAUUCACAACUGACCAAAGGGACUCAAUUGUUCUGGAAAAAAAAAGUUCUUAAUAUGGAACAGCAAGUAGAUUUUUAUUUCUUCCCCCAACAAAAAUUAGCUUAGUUUUCUAAUGCCUUAAGAUAGAGGGCAAACACAAAUACAUCUCUUUUUCUUUCAAAUUGUAUCUUUAUCCCACACAGUUUGCUCUUUGUGCCACCUGUUUGUCUAAGAAUACAACUGUUGUUCUGCUCCAUAGGACUUACA